AUGACAGCUCUAGAGCGGUACGCCUUUAAGGUCGACUAUUGCGACCCACAAGCAAACCUUGUGAGGCAGUAUCUUUUGUUGUACUUUGCGGAGGAUUCGACAAUAGAAAUGCACGACCUCAAGACAAAACGUGUUUUUCUCAAGCGAUGCGCCUAUCCGUCACUCACUCCAAGGGAGUUGUUUAUUGGAGCAACUGUUGGUGUUUUUUCACGUUCAUUGAAGCUUGUGGACUAUGGCGAUGAGGUAACGCGUCGCCACUUUUCAGGAUCAGAAGCCGAGUUUGUUGUUUUUAUCCAAGAGGGAGGACUGUGUCAUAUGGGUUCCAUUAUUGAUAGAAUGCAUACUUGGGAGCUGAGAAUAACAAACAUCCGAUUGGUUGAUUUACCGGAUAGUUUGUGUCGUGACCUCGGGGUUUCUAGACGUUGUGUGGCGAUUCUGUUUAAGGGAUCAAACGCCAUAGAGAAAGUUGGAGGAUUAAGUACAGAGUUUCCUAACAUGACUGUAGUUGUAGCGGAACCAUCAGAUGUCAACAGUGUUCGCGGUGCCGCUUUCGGACCUGGGGGAACGACUGCUGUGAUGAAAAAUUGCUCUGUUUGUGUGAUCAAACCUCACGCUAUAAUGAGCGGUUACCAAGGGGCGAUCAUACAACGUUUAAUUGAUGAAGGGUUUCACAUUACAGCUUUGGGGAUGUAUAGCUUAACUGUCGCCGAUGCGGAGGACUUUCUGGAGGUAUACAACGGCGUUGUUCCUGAAUACCAGAGACUUGUGGAGCAGAUGUCAAGCGGCCCGUGUUGGGCAGUGCAGGUUUGCGCUGAAAAUUCUGUUUCGGCACUCCGGGCGAUUUGCGGGCCGCAUGACCCAGACGUUUGCCACGUACUUUUCCCUCACACUAUUCGAUCAAAGUACGGUGUUGACCGCACUCGAAAUGGGGUGCAUUGUACUGACUUAGAAGAAGAUGCGCCCCUAGAGUCUGAAUUCUUUUUCUCGCUUCUGCAGAACGCUUAG